AUGGCGUCUGCCUUCGUUAGUGCUAUCAAUCGAGGCGAUAUUAUCGUACAACACAAUUUUGAUGGAACCUUCGAGCGAUUAUACUGGAAUAAGACUCUUGGACCAUUAGUAAAAUUAGUGAUAACAAAUAGACGUAAUAAUGCACUGUAUAUUGAACGAAAACAACAAGAAAGUCCUUCAACAUUGGUUUCCAUCUCGUUGCCAGCGGCUACGUUGCGUGGUUGUAAAAUUCGAAUAAAAGCAGUUGUUAAAGCAGAUAAAAUUAGCGUGCCACCUAAUCCAUGGAACGGUAUUAAAAUCAUGCUUUACAUGACAGGACCGAGUGGUGAUAGUUAUCCACAACAAAAUCUACCUCAAGGCACGUUCGACUGGCGCAUAGUAGAUUAUGUAACGAGUAUUCCUCUUGAUACACAACAAGCAAUAUUUAUUCUUGGACUAGAGGCAGUAACUGGUAUUGUAUGUAAUAAAGAAUAA